GCGACCGUGACAGUGAACGAGGCAGUAAUUGCCAAGAAUUUGGCAUGACGGGAAUAGAAUAUUAGACAUUUUGCUAUAUAGUGUAACAGUAGUGUCAAUGUGAACAAUGACGGUCAAAGGGAGUAAGGUACCUUUCGAAGAGGCGCUGAAUAUGACAGGUGCAAUCAUUAGAAUUAGAAGAAGGACACAACUUAGCACUACACAAAGGCUUCUGGGGUUCCAUAGUAGCACAAACAGUACCCAUGUUCAAGGCGCCACUGUUGAAGUAUACUCUACUAAUAUCUUUCCUUUUUGUCAUCUGUUAUAUCACAAUGAAUGCUACAUUCGUCUGGUUGCCGUUCAUCAUCAACGCCUUCAUGUUAUCAGUUGUUGGAGGGCAGAGAAGCCUCAGCAUCUGCGAGAUGAUAAGGUUCACUAGCAAUUCCACUUCCAUUCCAGAGAUUCAAGACUGUACUAUGAACACAGAAGCCAUGACUCUAGUGUGUGCUAUCACCAUGAUCCUGGCCUUCUGUAACAUCUUCAUGAGCAGUAUUAUCAAUUGCAUCGGGAGAAAACGCCUCUUUAUCAGUAUUCAGAUGUUUGCCGGGUUAUCAGCCCUGGUGCUGAGCAGCAGUCCCUACUGGGUCCUCAGCGCCAUCCUGUUCGUGUGCUUUCUGUCAGCAGUGCUGAACUUCGGCUUUCUCAACACUUACAGUGUCGAUAUUUUCCCUACUUAUGUCAAGGCGAUGGCAGUAUGUCUAACACUGAUGGUGGGUCGUGCCAGCGCCGUGGCGGGCAUCAACGUGCUGAAGAAACUCCUGGACACCAACUGUGAAGCUGCUUUCUAUAUAUUUGGAUCUAUUGCUUUUUGCGGUGGUUUAGUCGGAUUUUUCCUGCCCACUGAUCUAAAUAUAAAGUUAAUAUUAAAGAUGUGUCUUUAUAAUAGUGUGUUGCGUUUGUUCGUAUAUGUAGUCGUGGUUUGUCCGGUUUUAUUGUACGCGCAUGCUCGGGAUUCUGGUGUGACACAUGGACAAGAGCACUAUCACACAAAAGAGCCUCCCUGCGCCUCUUGCCCUCGUCUGGGUAGAUGCGUGCCCAAAGUGCAGUGUCCAGCUCACGUGCGCUCCAGGUCUUACAACCCGGCCUGCCAUCUAGAAGGUUCUGUCGGUAUAUGCUGCUUCACUUUCAGAGAACAUGCAGCUGAAUCAGACCACAGCGCCCGUGCUUCCACGGCCAUCAGCGCAGAUGACGUGAAGGCCUCUCACCAGAAGUCGAGACAGACCCUCGCGCAAUGGAUGAGCAUCGCCGGCAAGUUGCUAGAACAUUCUGCGCGCACACUCGUCAAUAGAAGCUCGCCUAGUUAUGGACAUCAUUUGUCAGUGGUGACCCACGACGCCCGCGCAGCGACGCUGGGUCGCGGCGGUCUGCUGAACUUGUUCGCGGCGCAAGAGUUGAAGGCGCGGCAGGUGAUCUCUGAUGAUGAACUGGCAUUGGGUUUCACAGAGCAUACUGAUGGGCCAUUCUGCCCCCCACCACCUUCGUGUUCACCCCCGGCUCGCUACCGCAGUAUUGGAGGCGAAUGCAACAACCCCACUCACUCGAGUUGGGGUGCUAUACACACUGGCUUCGAGAGACUACUGCCUCCAGAUUAUAGUGAUGGAACCUGGGCCAUGAGAACAGCUAAGUCUGGACUUCCUCUACCCAGUGCUAGACGAGUGAGCAGCACAUUACUGCUAGACGGGAGCCACCCCAGCAGCACACACAACCAGAUGUUCAUGCAGUUCGGACAGUUCAUAGCUCAUGACAUCAGCGCUGGAGUCGUGUUUACUGCAGAUAACGGCAGCGCCAUAUCCUGCUGCUCCAACGAUGGUGAAGAUCUCCUGCCUCCAGAACUGCAGCACUUCGCCUGUGCUCCCAUAGAAGUGGCCCCAGACGAUCCAUUCUACGGACAGUUUCAGCGCAAAUGUAUCAACUUCGUCAGGACUCAGAUAGCUCCAGCCGAUGAUUGUUCCGUGGGGUAUGCUAAGCAGAUGAACGGUGCAACUCAUUACCCAGACCUAUCCCACUUAUACGGCAGUUCAGAGGAGAAGUUAUCAUCUCUUCGAGAGGCAGGAGGGCUGCUGAGGACCUUCAACGACUUUGGGAGGGAACUCCCUCCUCUGACGGAGAGGAAAGAGUGCUUGUCUAUGAAGGAGGGUGCUGCUUGCUUUGAAUCAGGCGACGCCCAUGGGAACCAGAUUAUCUCCCUAACAGUUCUGCACACAAUAUUCACGAGGGAACACAACCGGGUUGCCAGAGAGCUGUCUGCUCUCAACCCUGGCUGGGAUGAGGAUACGGUCUUCUGGGAGACCAGGAGGAUACUGCAGGCUGUGUUCCAGCAUAUCAUUUAUAAUGAGUGGCUGCCUUUGCUGUUGGGUCCUCAAAUAAUCAAGACGUUUCAACUGCUUCCAUCCGAAGGCUACUCCUCAUCAUACGACCCUCACGUCAACCCUUCACUAUCGGCAGAGUUUUCAGCAGCUGCUAUGAGAUUCGGACAUUCUACAGUCGAUGGGAGAUUGAUGAUCCAAAGUCCAAAAAUGGGCGGGAUUUACGAGUCCAUAUCGAUUCCCGAAGUGAUGUUCCAACCAGCGAGGAUGCGGCUGCGACACUUCAUGGACAGGCUGCUCAUCGGACUGUCCCACCAGGCCAUGCAGACGGUGGAUCCUUUUGUUACUGAAGGGCUCUCCCGCUACAUGUUUCACGGAGGCAAUCCUUACGGAGUAGACUUAGCUGCCAUCAACAUACAGCGAGGAAGAGACCACGGCCUCAACUCUUACAACAAGUACAGACAGCUCGUGGGAUUGGAGCCCUAUACUGAGUUCCAGCAGUUUGCUCCUAGUGCAGCUCAACGCCUAUCCUCAGUAUACGAACGCCCAGAAGACAUAGACCUCUGGGUGGGAGGUCUGCUAGAAGAACCAGUAGACCACGGUAUACUGGGGCCUACCUUCGCCAACAUUAUAGCAGACCAGUUCGAUAGACUGAAGAAGGGAGAUCGGUUCUUCUAUGAGCAUGAACCUGGUGUUAAUCCAGGGGCUUUUACAACGGUUCAACUGCUAGAAAUAAAGAAGGUAACACUGUCCCGCCUUAUCUGUGACAACCGCGAUGGUAUAGAGCUGUCGUCGCAGUCGCCGUCUGCCUUCCUCAGACCUGAUGUACCUGGGAAUGAACCAGUGCCCUGCGAAAGUCCCAGGAUACCAUCUAUGGAUUUGAGCAAGUUUAAAGAAAAUUAAACUUUAUUUUACUAGUGAUAAAAUCUAUUUUAAAUUGUAAUGUUCUAUGUUUCAUUUUGUAAAAGCUGAACUCUUAUCUAAUUGUCAAAUUAUUGUUUAUAAU